CCCCCCCCCCCCCCGCAUUCGUUCGUCGUCCGUGUUGUUAUCAGGAGUUCGACUUGACCCGUCUUUUCUGGUCGAUCCUCCCAGGCUGCCUGCUGUCGGCUCACGACCCUUGCCGACCCUUCAGCCUCUCCACACGCCGGAGAUCCCCUAUUGACUCAGCACGUAUUUAUCUCGCAACCGCGUCUCUCCCUUGCGUCGACCCCUGAUCGUGUGCCCAGCCUCGGACAGCUCCUCCUCGCCAGUCUAUAUCAAUCUCCCGAGCGCCCCCGCGUGGCUGUCCUUGACUGUGAUUGUCACGCUUCCAUCACACUUACGCCAUGGCUCCUCCCUCCGUCUCCGUCCGCACUCGUCCCAGGACUGCCACCACAUCUGCCGUUCAGACCACCGGAUUAGAACACGACGUAUGGAAUGGCCUGUCGGUCGUCGACUCCGGAGAGGAGGACGACUGGCAGGUCCUGGAGGACAUGAACCACUUCCCCGAGCCUGUUCCUAGGCGCCGCGGAGCCAAGAGCUUUUCUAACCUACGUCACCCCGUCGACGGGCUGCGCGCCCUGGGUCGUCGCCUGUCAGUGACGCUUCGCAGCAAGUCGUCGCGGCACUCGGCCCAGCCUCACCCCGAGGACUCGAGGCACUCCUGGUACACCGAAACCAGCAUCAACCGUCGGCCCUCUCUUAACAGCGUGUCUUCGCUGCACGGGUUCUACGCCCCCGCGACCGCCCCCAUCCCCGGGAAUGGCCUGGAGCCGCCCGUCUUCCCGAACAGCUUCUAUGCCGGGGCAGCCGCCCGGGCGGCGGCAGCAGCUCAGAAUGAACUGACCCGGGCCCUGCGUGAGGGCCUCAAGCUGUCAGAUGCCAAGCUCACGCAGGACUCGGAGAGUGGCAUCGGAAUCGACCUGCGCGAUCGCUCCGAGCUGUCCGACCCGGCUCUGGCGGUUGUGCGGGUGGAUCCGGCCACCUGGUUCCCCCCUGAGCUGAUGUCGCAGGUGUUCUCCUACCUUGACCCGGAGUCUCUCAUGCAGGUGGAACUGGUUUCCCAUGCGUGGAAGGAGCUGGCUUCCGACCGGGCCAUCUGGCGAAAGGUCUUCCGCCACACCUACCGACACCACCGCCCCAGCGGGCUUCCGUCCAAGAAGAGACAGUCAGCUGGCCUUGGGAAGGCUCUUCCGGACCAGGACUGGAAGAAGAUGUUCCUGGUCCGACGGGCCUUGGAGCAUCGGUGGAAGGAAGGCAAAGCCGCGGCGAUCUAUCUGCACGGACACAAGGACAGUGUGUACUGUGCUCAGUUUGACGAAGACAAGAUCAUCACCGGUUCUCGCGACCGGACCAUCCGCGUCUGGGACGCUCACUACCCCUGGCCGUGCCGCAAGAUCAUCGGCCCGCCUCCCGGCGAUGUGGCUGGCGUGGGCCCCGUCAACAACCCCGCGCAGCAGUCGGCCGGGAAGCCGCCCUUCCUGACGAUCUGCCCCCCGCCCACGCGCUCGGCGGAGAUCGUGGCCCCCAUGGACCAGAGCUCGGAAUACCACAGUGCCUCCAUCCUGUGCCUCCAGUUCGACGAAGAGAUCAUGGUCACCGGGUCGUCGGAUUUCACCUGCAUCGUGUGGGAUAUCAAGGACGACUACCGGCCCAUUCGUCGGCUGGAGGGCCACGGAGCGGGAGUGCUGGAUGUCUGCUUUGACGACCGGUACAUCGUGUCGUGCUCCAAGGACACCUCCAUUUGUGUCUGGGACCGGCACACGGGUGUCCUAGUGAAGAAGCUCCUGGGACAUCGCGGCCCCGUGAAUGCUGUCCAGCUGCGAGGCGACCUCGUCGUCUCGGCCAGCGGAGACGGCGUCGCCAAGCUGUGGAACAUCACCUCCGGGCUGUGCAUCAAGGAGUUCCCCAGCAAGGACCGCGGCCUGGCGUGCGUCGAGUUCAGCGACGACGCCCGGACCAUCCUGACGGGCGGCAACGACCAGGUGAUCUACCAGUUCGACGCCAACACGGGCGAAAUGGUCAACGAGCUCAAGGGCCACGAGGGCCUGGUCCGGUCGCUGCACCUGGACAGUAUGAACCAGCGCAUCGUCAGCGGGAGCUACGACAUGAGCGUCAAGGUGUUCGACGCCCAGAACGGCGAGCUCUCCAUCGAUCUGCCCGGCUGGACGACGAGCUGGAUGCUCAGCGUCAAGUCGGACUACCGGCGCAUCGUCGCCACCAGCCAGGAUUCCCGGGCUGUCAUCAUGGAUUUUGGAUACGGAUUAGACGGCAUAGACUUGCUGGAAGAAUAAUUAAUACAUUUGCUAGACGUUGCGAUCUGGUUUGACGCAUGGAAAAGUCACUCGUUGUUUUGGGAGGCGUUUGGGAUGUUCGGGUUGCUUGGGAUCUUUCCGGACAUACAUUGGCGAGCGAU